AUGAAUGAGUGGAAAAAAUUAUUUCCUAAUAAGGAAGGUUUUAUUGUGUUUGCUUUGUACAUUAUAUUAUUUGUCUUUCAAGGUGUUUUUAUUACUGCUUCUAAAACAGAAAAUGGAAUUUAUGAUUAUAACACAACACUGGUUGUCUUUCUAUCUGAAUUGUUAAAGUUAGUUAUCUCCUCUCUUCUUUAUACAUUAAAACAAGGAGACAAGCCACAUAUUUUCAAAGCUAUUGUAAUAAACUAUAAUCUUCUCCUGCAAUACUUUAUACCUUCCUUACUAUAUUGUUUUUAUAAUAAUUUAGCAUUUAUCAAUUUAUCUCAUUAUGAUCCUACAUCAUAUUAUAUAUUGCUGCAAUUCCGAGUAGUGCUAACAGCAUUCAUAUUUCAGUUUCUGUUCAAGAAAAAAUUAGCAUUCAUCCAAUGGAUAUCAUUAGGUAUACUCACAAUAGGAUGCAUGAUAAAGAACUUCGAUGCAGCAACUAUCACAUCAAAGGGUGAUAAUGUGGAUCUCUGGUCUCAAAUCUUUAAUAUUUACUUUUUAUCUAUCAACUUUCAAAACUUUUGCUCUUGCUUAGCCGGCGAGAUAGGGACUGUAUUUCAAGAUUUCCAGUCACUAGGUGAUGUGUUUGUUAUAUUGAUUACAAUUAAUAGUGCUAUAGUUGGAAUAGUGACUAGCUUUUUCUUGAAAAAUCUGAAUUCCAUCUUGAAGACAUAUGCCAGUGCUUUAGAGUUGAUAAUUACUGCGGUAGUAUGUUACAUAUUAUUCAAGAUUGUCAUAACAUUCUACACAAUAGUGUCCAUUUGUCUAGUAGUUAUAUCUGUAGCUAUGUAUUUUAAGAAUCCAGUUAAUAAUGUGAAUGUUGACACUGAAAGAAGUAGAAGGGAUAAAGCACCGCUUUUAGAUGUAGCAGUGGAAUAG